AUGCAAAGCUCAAACUUAUAUUUUGUAUAUAAUUCUGGAUCUGAAUAAUUUUGGAAGAGAAAAGAUUAUUAAUUAAUUAAUGAACUCAUGCAGGGAUUACUCCAAGAUUCAAGAGAGAUGAUAACAUUGUAUAAAACUUAAAAAAUAUUGAAAAAGUUUAUUGCUCGACGGUAUAAAACCUUUUAACAACAUCUGUUUUAUUUCAGAGAGAAUGGUGAAUUGGGGGGAUUUGUUGUAUUAAAGAAUGUAUAUUUUAAAAUAACCAAAAAAUAUGCUACCCAAAGUAUUCCUUAUGACAGUUGCCUUACAUUAAUUAGGGAUCGCAGUAGAAUUGAUCUUUAUUUUAAUCUUUCCCCUGAGAUUGAUAUAUUUUUAAGAGAACUAUAGAGAUUCUGUAUUAUUGAUGGGUUUGAUUAGCAAUAUUAAUUGCUUCAAAAUAUAGGUACUGGUUCUACAGCUUAAGUCUUUUUGGCUGAAAAUAUUCAAGAUCACUAGUAAUACGCAGUAAAGCAGAUUGAAAAGGAACAAGCUACUGGAAGGCAUAGAGUGUUGAGAUCUAAAACAUUAUUAGAAGAAAUUUUUAUGAUGAGAAGCUUGGAUCAUCCUAACAUUAUGAAAUUGCAUCAAGUGUAUGAAUCAGAAAAGCACAUUUAAUUAGUUAUUAGCUUAUUUGAAGGUGGAUAGUUGAUGGAUAAAAUCAAAAAUUUUAAUUUCCUAAUCAAAAGAGAGUUGGCGAAAGUCUUAAUUGAAACUGUCCAUUAUAUGCAUACCAAAGGAAUUAUGCAUCGAGAUCUAAAGCCAUUCAACAUACUCUACAAAAAUAAAGAUCCUUAGGAUUGGCAUUUUGGAAUUGGGGAUUUUGGAUUCUCCACUUCAAUUAAAUAACAAUAGCAUAUUCUAUAUAAAUGUGGUACUCCUGGUUAUGUAGCACCUGAAAUCAUAGAAUAUCGAGAAAAGUCUAAAAUGUAUGGAUAGUCAUGUGAUGUGUUUAGUAUUGGUGUAAUUAUAUAUGAAAUCUUUUUUAAUACUCAUCCAUUCAAAAGCAAGACUAAAGAUGACACUUUGAGAUAAAAUGUUAAUGCUUAAAUAAAUUUUGAUGAUCGCGUUUGCAUUCCCUAAUCUCUAAAAUCAUUGAUAAUUUCUAUGGUCAGAAAAAAUCCACGUCAUAGAUUCACUUUACAGUAAUGUUUGGAACAUGAUUUUUUCAAAGAGAGCUUAUACAGAUUCAAUGAACUAUCAUAAGAAAUUUAGGAGCAUGAACCAAAAACUAUGGAGAUCAGAAACAUUAGAUGCCAAACACUAUAGUUGUUAAAAACUCAAAAUAAUAGAAGAAGAUAAUCUUUACCUCAAGAUUCCUCUGUAACUUAAGAACCAUAGAUUUAAUAAAGUAAUGCUAUUUUUAGUAUCAAAGGAAAAAGCAUAGUAAUAAAACACAGAUAAUCGGUUUCAUCCACUCACGAGUCUAAAAUGAAGUUAGAAUCUCAAUAGUAAUUUUAUAUAUCCUAAUAAAAUUAAAUACUAAUGCCAUCCUAAGUAAAAUUACCCUAAAUAGAAAAAAUUAACGAGAUUUUCUUAAAUGAUUUACAUCAAAUACCAAAGGAAUUCGGAAAUACAUAUUUAAUUAAAAAGUAAUGA